GAUCCUGUGGUUGUAGAUGGUGUCGCUCGGAGCGUGAGUUGUUGCACGAGGAUAUUGAAGACAAUGGCUAAGAACAAACUAAGAGGGCAGAAGUCCAGGAAUGUAUUUCAUAUAGCCAGCCAAAAAAACUUUAAGUCUAAAAACAAAGCAAAACCAGUUACCACUAACCUUAAGAAGAUAAACAUUGUGAAUAAUGAAAAAGUUACCAGAGUGAAUAAAGCUUUUGUAGAUAUACAAAAGGAACUUGCACGUUUCUCAAAAGGCCUUUCCCUUGAACCUUUGCAGAAACAGCUGUUUUUUUUUCCCUUCAGAUUCCUCAGCAGUGUCAUGAAAACAAACCAGUUAAUGUUGAUGAAGCGACAAGAUUAAUGGCUCAGUUGUAAUACACUGGAGAUACAUCAAAUACCCCAAAAAGACCAAUAAAUUAAAUGUUUUAUACAGUUUUA